AUGAAAUCUCGGUGGCCAACGCUCCUCUCCAUUAGCCGUCUUCCGUUGUAUCAUGGUACAAAUGUUCGAAUUCGAAUUGGGUCUAGCGACCACGAAUUCGAAGUUUCAAAGGAUCUCCUUUGCAAGGAAUCUGCCUACUUCAGAGCAAUGUUGGAAGGCAAUUUCGCAGAGAAAGAACAACAGUCAGUAACUAUGGAAUCAGUGGAAGGGGUGGUCUCAGUGCAGAGUUUUGAAGCACUCAUGCAAUGGUUCUACAUGCACAAAAUCCAUUUUGACUCGAAAAUCCCAGGGGACCAGAUCUCGGCUGUGAUAGAGCUUAUCAGACUUGCCUAUAUGUGCAAUAUCACUGGGAUGGACACUGAAAUGGCUCAAUACAUCAAGGAUAUACUUGUUGCCAACCCCGAUCCUCGAAACAGCCGCACUUAUCACAUUGCUGAUUCCAAUACCCAUUGCCUCACAAGUCAACAUAUUAUUUCAGCAACACUUUUACCACAAGGCCAUCCGGUGCGCCGGGUUCUAGCAGCAGCCUCGGUCGAGGGAUAUCUACGCACCGGCAAUUACAAAUUCAGGAAGGAAACUCAUGAACAUCCCGCUUUCGGAGCUGACCUACUCCACGAAGUCAGAUUGGCGUUGAAUGGAAGCAGGCAGGAGAAGCGUUAUACGAUAAUUAGGGACCCUAUCAGUGGAUUGGACAUCACGUUGGGUUCGGAUUAG